AUGCUCGAGCUUCUCUACGAUGAGCGGCAACCUUUGCUGAAAGUCACGAAAAGAGCGGUUUUCUCCGGUUUUCUUCUAUUUUUAGCAGAAAAAAUGGUUUAGGGCACAUAUUUGGAGUCGAUGGGAGUUCCAGCCCGGGCCGACGUUUUUAUGCAAUCCGAAGAAGCCAUUUAUUUGUUGCAGGUUUUUUCUAGUUAUUAAAGCGGAUGAGUGGCUAGAAAGAAGGCGAGAUAAUACAAGGGAGAUUCUGAAAAUCCAAAAAAAAAACUGUUACAAAAAAAAGUCUUAUAGUCCAUUUACCGUGGAGUUUGGCGAAACAGUGGACGAAAAGUAGAGGUUUAGACAUUUUUCUAGUCCGAAAACCGGCACAAAAGAAAGGCUCUGACAGUUCAGAUUUUUUUGCAAAUCAUUUUUUUUUCAUUUCUUUAUUUAUUGUUUCGAGCGAAUGGGGGCGAAAAUCUGAAGGUUUAAACGUCUAUUGCUAUUAAGCAUAAGGAAGGUUCUGACAGUUUUUAAAAUUUUUUUUUCUCGGAAAUUAGAUUUUAUUUCUUUAUAUGGUUUCAUUCAACGUUAACUUGAUUGAAAACAGAGUUCGAAAAAAAUGGAGAUUUAAACAUUUUUUUCUUGUCCAAAAGUAGCAAAAAUAUCGUGUCGAGAAAGUUGUUUUCACAAAAAAAAAUUUCCAUUUACUUCAAAAUAGUGAAAGUGAAUAAGAGGUUUCGACGUCUAUGUAGAAAAUGGCGUAAAAAAGCCCUAAAAUCGAAAUACAAACCGGUGGACAAUAUUUUUGCUACUUUUGGACAAAAUUACAGACCGGUGGAGCGCGAAUUCUCACCAUAAAUGGCCAGGAAUUAUUCCUGCCUCAAGCUUUUGUCAUUUUGCAACGUUCCGGCGUUUCCAUGUACAAAUAUUCUACGUAUUGCGAGCUCAAAAGCACCGGUUUGGUCGUUUUGCGGCCGAGGUACUCUUUUUAACUUUAAAAAUAAGGAAAAGGGAUAUUUAGACCAAAUCGAGUCCCUCAUUUCAAUUCCCGUUCUAAUAGUUAUCCAGUUACGAGUUCCCCAUCUACUUCGAAUGUUCAAGGCUUUUUCGAAUUCUGAGGAGCCGUCUUGUAGUGGUAAGUUCCAGAAAAAAAGGUACAAUGUUUCAGAAAAAAAAGAGAGAAAAAGUUAAUUAAUCAUAUAAAUUUAUUUUUGCACAUAUCAAGAUAAAAUUGGCGGCAGAUAGCCUUUUUCAGGAACUCCAGAGUGGUACCCUCUAGGGGAAAGCAUAGAGGGUCCCUUCGGAGGGACCACUUUACCAACGCCUAUAGGGGCCACUAAAGCUUGCAAAAGUGGUCCCUAUAGGGGUUUAGUUAGAGGCCGCUACAGGGAACAUGCUAGUCGAUAAUUUUUAUAGAAUCUAUGCGAAAAACUAAAAAAAAACCAUUUUUGAAUGAAAUUGUAAGAGCCCUAUAGGGUCCACUUGAGCUUUAGCGGCUCUGGGGUCAGACCCUAAACCCCUAUAGUGGCUACCUUGAUUUUACCCCUAUAGAGACCCCUCUAAAAAACCUAAGUAGAUUUUCUAAGCACGUAGAGUUGCCAGUCUUUACACAACUUUAAGGAUUUUAUUAGGAUCAUUUUUCUCACUUGAGGACACCAGAGAGCUCCCUAGAGGGGUUAGGGAAAAGCAGCCCCUAUAGGGGAGAAAACUGUCCUCCCUACAGGGGGGACCUUCAAGGAUCUAUAAGGUUGCCCCUAUAGGGAUCACUUUGGCGUUCCUAAGUAUAUCAGGAAUAUUAUACUAUUUGGAUUUUUUUUCUUGAAUUAUUAGUGAUUGGGAAUGAAAAAUUAAAGGUCCAGUUUUUUUCUAAAAAUACGAAAAAAUUUUUUUAACCGAAGUUUGUUCAAAAAGUUCUUCCUGGAGUAUUUGAUCUGGAAAAAAAUUGGAAAAAAAUUUUAAAUUGUUCUGAAAAACAACUCUUCUUUUCAAGACCUUCAUGAAAUUCGGCUAUGGUCCUAUGAACUCUUUUGAAUAGACUAAGAUUUAAUAUUCAUUUUUUCUAGGAGCUCCUCCGGUUUCUACCCCGCCCCAUGAUUCUUUUGCCGAACUGGGACUGUUUCCCAACCUUCGUCCCUGAUCCGAAUCGUCCUUUUUCGAAGGCGGGCAUCCAAAUGAUGAGACUUCACGCAGAUCCGAGACUCGUGUCCUUUGUUCCCCGGGGGUCUGGAAGGAUUUCCAGACGACUUCAGCCCUAAGAAAUCUCCUUGUGAGUUCCGGAAACAUUUCGAAACCUCAAAAUUGUGGUCUCAACGCAAUUUUUUAGCUGGUGGAUUACUUUAACGUAAAAAAUUAUUUUGCACCUACAGAAUAUCGCGAUACCAUGUGAAUUUUUUUCAGCCUUUUUUUGUGCUUGGAAAGUCCUCAAAAAAAUCUCGAAAAAUAUAUUUUUUUAACGUAAAAUUUCAACUGAUUAGGUUACUGAAAGAUUGGUCGAUUUUUGAUUCCAAAAUAAUCCGAAUCAGUUUUCAGAGAAACUCAAUUUGUCUUAGGAAAUUUUAAACUGAAAAAAAAGCUGCUGCAAUAAAAUUCCUAGGAAAAAAUUGACCAGAUAAUGAAAUUUCUCAUGUUUUCUACAUUUUCAAUGGAGCGCAAAUUUUCGAAAUUUAAGCCUGAUUUUAUGGCUUUUUUCUCGGAAAUCUGUUGUCAAGAAGUUCUUUGCGAGCUUUGGAAUAUAUUUUUUUAAUAGUUUUUCAAAAAAAUCGAUUAUUUCAAAAAUUUUUCAUAUCAAAAUCACUCUCUGAAGGAAAAACAAUCAAGUUGUGUUAUGCGCCUUUAAUAACGACUCACUUGAUUUUAAACCUACAAAUCGUGUAAAUUCGAAGCUCUGCGUUUUUAAUUUUUUGAAAUGCUUACACUGAAAUCGAAAAGGACGUAAGUACCAAAUUACAGACUCCGACCACCAACAAAAAGAACGACCGACCGUGUCGACCUCGAUUUUGGCCCACGAUUUGGCCCGGCGCCAACCAAGUCCAAAGUUGGAAACAGUUCGACGCCAUCCAGCGGCAAGCCAUUUCGGCCGUCAAACUUCGAUCUUUCCGGUUUUCAUCCAAAAAAUAUCAUUUACUAACAAAUAUAUGGCAGCGUGGACCCCCGGACGCAGUCUCAACGUCGCUUCGAAACUUCCACGACGACUUCAGAAGACGUCGACUUUCACGUCUUCUCGCCGCGUGGAUUCUCUCACAACCUGCCCGCUCGGCCUCUUUUCGGCGUCGUUUGUUUUGAGUAAGUGAAAUAUCUACAUGAUUCCGUCCCUUUUCUAAAACAUAGAAGAUGAAAAGCUACCGUAGUCUCAAAUUUUUUCGCAUUUCGUUUCGAAAGUUUAAAAAAAAACUAGGCUUUCGUGCGCAACAACCACAAAACAGUGAGCUCUGCGCGAGCUCCUCACGGUCAAAAAAUCACAGUAUUUCAGAACUUUUUUUAGCGUGCGUCGCGUCAAGACCUGUAAUCUGCAGGUAUACGGUAAUUUAAAAAAAAUUACAAGGUGGCGCGGAAAUGUCUCUGCUCAAGUGAGAACUCAGAUUUUUCUAGUAAUCUCUUCGAGGAGUAUUUGGAGAAGCCACUAUUCCAGAUCAAUACGGAGUAGUAGGCUUUUUUAAGUGAUGACUUAAGGUGAAAGAGCUAUGCUUAAGUGAACACUUAGAUUUUUUCAGUGAUCUCUAAAGUAGUACUUGAAGGAGCGGCUCCGUUUGUCUAUGUCUGAGUAUUUCAUCCAGCUUCGAUAAUAGAACUUAUUUUUCAAAUUCUUUGCAAACCUCAUUGAAUCGAGCUAGCAGAAAAUGGCAUACAUUUGAAAUUUUCUCAGCGCUCGGUCUCAAAUCCGCAUGGACAGACUUGCCCGGAUGAGCAACGUUGUUUUGGCGAUCUACGAGGACGGAAAGGUCAAUUUUGUCGCCACAAGCGGCCAGCCAAUCGAUAUCACUCGGAUCUUGUAA